GAUACAUUCUUUUUUCUCUCUUGAGUUAGAAAAGGCGGGAGAGAUUAGUUAUACAUACUUAUGGCUUUUGUAGUUUCAAUGUUGUUGGGCAUCUUUGCCAUGGCUUUUUUCACUGUUCAAGCUCAGGAAUUUGCCCCUGCUCCUGCCCCUACUAGUGAUGGAAUAUCGGUAGAUCAAGGGAUUGCAUAUGUGUUGAUGCUGGUGGCUUUAGUUCUAACAUAUCUCAUCCACCCUAUGGAUGCUUCUUCCUACAACUUCUUCUAAAUUUAAUUUCUCUCCAACUUCAGUUACAACCUUUAAAUUAUGUUUGUAAUCAUUCUUCACAUGGAUUUAAUUAAUUAAUCCAUUCAUGUUUAAUUUUAUAGUAAAUGGU